CAAAGCAAAACAGAAAAACACGAAGCUUAUUACGAAGAUUCUAUCUAUCACUGUUUGGGUUUGAAAAUCAGAGAGAUCUGACAGCUAUUACCCUUUGACACAAAAAGGAGAUAUCAAAAUCUUAGAAGAGGAAUGAUACAAAAAAAAUAAUAAAAAAAGGGUUUGGUUCGGAAGCUGAAGGGGACCCGUUUGAUGAAAGUUUGUUGAGAUUAGGUUCUCAGGGCACUGUUGUUGGCUGCCCUUUUCUUUGUUCUCCUCCUUGAGCUUAAAUUUCAAACAUUUCCGGUUUCUGCUGCACCAAGUAAACACAGGUUUCAUUUUUGUGCAAAAGGGUGUGUUGUGAGUCCUGAGAGAUCCCGUGGGAUUUUUUCUAGUUAAAUGGUGGUUGUUGAGUAGAGUUCAGUUCUGAGGUUUUGGGGUUUUGUUUUUUGGGUCAAAGAUCUUACAUUUGAGGUGGGGACUGAGGGAUCUCACGCUCUCUACUUGUGUUAUUGAUUGUUGUCUCACUUUUAUUUUUUAAUGGCCACUGUUGAUUGCUUCGUCCGCAAGCUGUUGCCAUAUGGUCCAUGUUCUACUUUCUUUGGUGUUUGGGGAUAUGGGAUAUAAGUAUCUUCAUUUGGGCAUCCUAUAUCUCUUUCUUCAAGGGUGGUGUUUCUGAAUCUGGUUUCAGAUUGAGUAGGGGUUCUUCCACUGUCUAGAUCUCUUGUUCUUGGGAUUUGGUUUUGGUGGGGAUUGGUGAUCCAAAUCUUUUCCUUGAAAUUCGGGAUUUCCUUUGCAAUCCCUUGCAAGGAGCAACUUAUUUGUUGCAGUUUGAAGUUUGAAAGUCUUGGAGCUGUGAUUAAAAUUCAAGUGGAGUUCUUCUUCUCAAGCACAGUACUUUUCAGUGGUGCUAGCUUCUGUUGUGUUCAUGGGAGCUUAGCCUUGAUUCUGAGCUGAGUAUAUCAGUUUGGUUUCAGCAAUGGUGCUGCUCAGAUGUUUCUCAGUGACACUUUUGCAGUGGUGUUUCUUGGCUUGCUUACUUUGCUUGUCUCUGGGUCUUGGCAAUCAAGCCCCAUCUUGUGACCCUCAUGAUUUAUCUGCCCUGAAGGAGUUUGCAGGCAAUCUUACAAGUGGCUCUAUCACCACAGCAUGGUCCAAUGACACUGUCUGCUGCAACUGGCUUGGAGUUGUUUGUGAUAAUGUGACUGGUGGGGGUGGAACAGUUGCUAGUAGAGUGACCAAGUUGAUCCUGCCUCAAAUGGGUCUCAAUGGGAAAAUUUCACCCUCUUUGGGACAGCUAGAUCAGCUCAAUGUGCUGAAUCUUUCAUUUAAUCACCUCAAGGGUGGUUUUCCUGUAGAGUUCUCCAAGUUGAAGCAGUUGAAGUUCCUUGAUGUGAGCCAUAAUAUGCUGUCUGGACCUGUUGCUGAGGCUCUUUCUGGUUUGCAAUCCAUUGAAGUAUUGAAUAUUUCUAGCAAUUCACUCUCUGGAGUUCUCUUCCCUUUUGGGGAAUUCCCACAUCUCCUUGCUCUCAACGUUAGUAACAAUUCAUUCACAGGAAGUUUCAAUUCACAAGUUUGCAGUUCUUCCAAGGGUCUUCACACCCUUGAUUUAUCUACAAAUCAUUUUGCUGGUGGUCUUGAAGGCUUGGACAACUGCACCACAUCUCUCCAACAGUUGCAUUUGGAUAGAAAUUCAUUUUCUGGCCCUCUUCCAGAUUCCUUGUAUUCAAUGUCAGCCUUGGAGGAACUCUCAUUCUCUGCCAACAAUUUAUCUGGCCAGUUAAGCAAGCAACUAAGUAAGCUCUCUAACUUGAAAAAGCUGGUGGUUUCUGGAAACCGGUUUUCUGGGGAAAUUCCGAAUGUGUUUGGGAACCUUUUGCAGCUACAAGAAUUAGAAGCACGUGCCAAUUCAUUUUCUGGGCCCUUACCUUCCUCCUUGGCUUUAUGCUCUAAGCUUAGGGUGCUUAAUCUUAGGAAUAAUUCCUUGUCAGGGCCUAUAGAUCUUAAUUUCACUGGCUUGUCUAGUCUCCAAACACUUGACCUUGCUACUAAUCAUUUCAUUGGACACCUUCCAACUUCCCUGUCCUAUUGCCGUGAAUUGAAAGUUUUAAACCUUGCUAGGAAUGGUUUAACUGGUUUUGUCCCUGAAAACUAUGCCAACCUCACUUCACUCUUGUUUGUAUCCUUGUCAAACAACAGCAUUGAGAACUUAUCUGGGGCGGUCUCUGUUCUGCAGCAGUGCAAAAAUCUCACCACCCUUAUCCUCACCAAGAAUUUCCAUGGUGAGGAAAUUUCAGAAAGUGUAAAAGUUGGAUUUGAGAGCCUUAUGAUUUUAGCACUUGGAAAUUGUGGUCUUAAAGGCCAUAUUCCUUCUUGGCUAUCCAAUUGCAGGAAGUUGGCUGUGCUUGACUUGUCUUGGAACCAUUUGAAUGGUAGUAUUCCUUCUUGGAUUGGUCAGAUGGACAAUUUGUUCUACUUGGAUUUCUCAAAUAAUUCUCUCACAGGAGAAAUACCAAAAAGUUUGACAGAGUUGAAGGGCCUCAUGUGCCCAAACUGUAGUAGAGAAAAUCUUGCUGCAUUUGCAUUCAUUCCUCUCUUUGUCAAGAGAAACACUAGUGUGAAUGGGCUGCAAUAUAACCAGGCCUCAAGUUUCCCUCCUUCAAUUUACUUGAGCAACAACAUAUUAAGUGGAAAUAUAUGGCCUGAAAUUGGUCGAUUGAAAGCACUGCAUGUCUUAGAUUUCAGCAGGAACAACGUCACCGGUACCAUUCCUAGCACUAUUUCAGAGAUGGAGAACUUGGAAUCUUUAGAUUUAUCUUAUAAUGAUCUGUCUGGAGAAAUUCCUUCAUCAUUUAACAAUCUCACAUUCUUGUCAAAGUUCAGUGUGGCAUAUAAUCGCCUAGAAGGACCAAUUCCAACCGGGGGGCAGUUUUUAAGCUUCCCUAGUUCUAGCUUUGAAGGCAACCUGGGGCUUUGUAGGGGAAUUGAUUCUCCUUGCAAAACUGUCAACAAUACAAAGCCUAUCACCACUUCUGGUUCUUCCAGAAAACAUGGUAGAGGCAAUGUCCUUGGCAUAACAAUCAGUAUAGGCAUAGGGCUUGCACUGCUUCUUGCAAUUAUUUUGCUAAGAAUGUCAAGGAGGGAUGGAGAUAAGCCUAUCGAUAACUUUGAUGAGGAACUGGGUAGCAGACCACACAGGUUAUCCGAAGCACUUGUUUCCUCAAAGUUGGUGCUUUUUCAGAAUUCAGAUUGCAAGGAUCUUACAGUUGCAGAUUUGUUAAAAUCCACAAACAAUUUCAACCAGGCAAAUAUUAUUGGUUGUGGCGGGUUUGGUCUUGUCUACAAGGCAUGUCUUCCAAAUGGAACAAAAGCAGCUAUCAAGAGACUUUCAGGGGAUUGUGGUCAGAUGGAACGUGAAUUUCAAGCUGAAGUAGAGGCCCUCUCAAGAGCUCAACACAAGAACCUUGUUUCUCUUAAAGGAUAUUGUCGGCAUGGCAAUGACAGAUUACUAAUAUACUCAUACUUGGAGAAUGGAAGCUUGGAUUAUUGGCUACAUGAGUGUGUGGAUGAAAAUUCAGCUCUAAAAUGGGAUGCAAGACUCAAGAUUGCACAAGGUGCUGCUCGUGGAUUAGCUUACUUGCACAAGGGUUGUGAACCAUACAUUGUGCAUCGAGAUGUUAAAUCUAGCAACAUACUUUUGGAUGAUAAGUUUGAAGCUCAUUUGGCUGACUUUGGUCUCUCAAGGCUACUUCAACCAUAUGACACUCAUGUCACAACUGACUUGGUAGGAACUUUAGGAUAUAUUCCUCCUGAAUAUAGUCAGACACUGACAGCAACCUUCAGGGGUGAUGUUUAUAGUUUUGGUGUUGUUCUUCUCGAGCUUCUUACUGGUAGAAGGCCUGUGGAAGUGAUCAAGGGGAAGAAUUGCAGAAAUCUGGUUUCUUGGGUGUUUCAGAUGAAAUCUGAGAAUAAGGAGCAGGAAAUUUUUGAUCCAGCAAUUUGGCUGAAGGAUCAUGAGAAACAGCUAUUGGAGGUGCUUGCCAUUGCUUGUAAAUGCCUAGACCAAGAUCCUAGGCAGAGACCCUCUAUCGAAGCAGUUGUUUCAUGGCUUGAUAGUGUAAGAUUUGAUGGACCUCAACAAUGUUCUUAGUUGCAUUGGUGCCCUCAUAUUUUGGUUUUGGUUAGUGUAUUGUAUUGUAUCAUUGAUUACACAGUUGUAAAGCAAGUUUGUUGUAUGAAGGUGGAAUGUAAUUGAUAUGGCAACUUCCUUAUUUCGUUUUAGUCCUUUAGUUCAUUAAUACCGAUAGGUGUAAUAUGUAUAAAUGAUAAUUUUGGCUAUGAGAUCGUCUUUCAAUAAGCAGUAUGAAUAUUUUUA